AUGACGACAGCCAAAUCACCGCCGGCAGCGAGCUUCAACGAAGCCAUCGCUAUUACGCCGCUCUCGUCGCACACGUACUCUGCGAACCUACGAUCAGAAUGGUGCAUUGGCACUGUCCCCCACGGCGGCUAUGUGACCUCCAUCUUCUACUCGGUUGCCCGCACGCAUAUGAAAACCACCCAUCCAACACGCCACAAAGGCUCCCCCGAUCCCAUAACGGUAUACCUCACCUUCAUUCGCAGGACAAACAUCGGGCCUGCCCUGUUCACCGUCGUGGACACGAAGCUAGGCUCUCGCACAUCGACCCUACACAUCACACUCAGCCAGCAGGAUCCAGACGGUAACCGCCGUGAAGAAGUAGCAGGAUACAUCACCGUAUCACACAUCGCCAGUGAAGAAGGGCCAACACUGAAGACUGCCUUUGCGCCGACUCCCGCGCCUCCAGCCGUCGACUUCAACCAGUUAGCGAGCACCGGACAGAGCGGAGAGUGGAAACGAUUUGAGGUAGCCUUUGCUUCCAUGAGGAAGGCAAGUCGAUUUGUUGAAUUCUACGUUCCUUCUGCGCCGGAAGCGGUGAGACGUGGGUUUAUCGAGCAGUGGGCUCGGUUUAUGCCGUACGGAAAGGCCGAAAGAUGGACGGAUGAAACCCUUGGAUUUCUAGCCGAUAUGUUUCCCAUGAUGCUUGAGUCGUUUGACGACAGGCCGUGGGACGAGAGGUCGAAGGAGGAGAAAGAUAAAGAGAAGAUGAGCAAGAGCCUAAAGGGCAAGUUUUGGUAUCCGACCAUUCUGUUGAAUUUGGAUAUUAAGAAGACGCUGCCGGCCGAAGGGGUGGAGUGGCUUUAUUCUCGGGUGCAGACAAAGAACCUGCAUAACGGCAGGAUGGACCUGGAUGUUAUUAUCAUGGAUGAGAAGGGUGAGAUCGUUGCUCUAAGUAACCAUGUUGCGCUGGUAAUCGGAGCAGAGAGGAACUUGAGUGCGAGAAAGGGCAGCGGGAAGCCCAGUGGCGAGAGUAAGAUGUGA